AUGGCUACAUUCGGUACCUGUGAAACAAUUGUAAAAACACCUUCACUACUGACGAAUUCGAGAGCGUUCACCUCACGAACGCUCAGCGAAGCAAAACUUUACGGUCAAGCGGAUAACCCUCGCGUUUAUGAAGUUAUGCUCACGGCUACCUACGCUGGUAUUGAUGUCAAGCUUAUAGAGAUUGAAUCAGCAUCAACGCAAAGCUCAGAAUACCAGGCCAAGUUUCCUCAUGAUAAACUUCCAACCUUUGAGAGUGAUAGCGGUGUUGCAUUGCAUGAAUCUGGCGGGAUUUCCUUUUAUAUUGCCAGUCAGCAGGAAAACAGCCCUUUACUCGGGAAAAACAAAGUAGAAACGGCUCAAAUCGUCCAGUAUCUUCUUUUUGCCAAUACUGAGAUCGCUCCUUACGUAAAAACCUGGAUUGAUCCGAUUUUGGGCAAGUCUAACUACAACAAACCUGCCCACAAUCAAGCGGUUGAUAAUCUAAAGAAAUCAUUAACGUCUUUGGAGAAAGUUCUACAAAAGAAGACUUUCUUGGUUGGUGAACGCAUAUCAUUAGCAGACAUUGCAGUUUCCAGCGCUCUUUACUCAGCAUUCAAGAUGGUCUUGGAUGUUGAAUUUCGUAAAGACUAUAAAAAUGUGACUCGCUGGUAUGUGACACUUAUCAACCAACCAAAGUUUAAGAGUGUCUUAGCCGAUGCUUCUCUCGUCGAUGUUGCACGAGCAGAGGAUGACGCAGAUGAUGAUAUACCUCCCCCUCCUAAGCCGAAGAGCAAAUUAGAUCUAUUGCCUCCUAGUACGUUUGUUCUCGAUGAAUGGAAGCGUUUCUACUCAAAUAAUAACACUCGGCCUGACGCAAUUGAGUGGUUCUGGAAGCAUUUUGACCCAGAGGGUUAUUCAAUCUGGCGUGUUAAAUAUAAAUACAAUGACGAAUUAACCAAGAUUUAUAUGAGCUCGAAUUUGAUUGGAGGAUUCUAUAAUCGCUUAGAACGAGCCCGUAAAUAUGCCUUCGGGAGCAUGUUGGUGUUGGGGGAAGACAACAAUAGCGAGAUCGCAGGAUACUUUGUGAUUCGUGGUCAAGAAAUACCAGAAGAAGUGACGGACGCUGCAGAUUUCGAGAGUUACGAGUUUGCGAAGGUUGAUCCCAAGGACCCCGCUGUACGCAAGAACUUUGAAGAUUUCAUUGCAUGGGACGGUGACUUCAAUGGCAAGGUCGUUGGCGAUGGCAAAAUAUUCAAGUAG